AAAUCAGAGGAAAAAGAAACGCAAUUUUUAUGCUUGCUCGAUAUUCUUUGUGAACGUUUUACAGUUUUUUUUUGUUGCAACAGUUAAUGCAUAAUGUAAGCCAAAGUAUUUUUCUAUUUCGCGUACAAGUGCUUAGUUUUCACUGUUAACGUAUCAAAGCACGUCAUCUUGUCAUGGCCGUUCUAGUCAAAUUAUGUACGCAUUGGAGUGCCAAACGUUUUUUAUGGCUUGUGACAAUAAUCUUCGUAUUAGUAACCCUCUGUUGGUAUAUGACCGUUCCGCCAACAGCUGAGACAGGACAGCGUAAAAUUGAUUGUUCACAAACUUCUAGUAACCCCGAAGCUGUCAACAGUAUGGACUUGGAUGACAUGGAAACGGAACAAAUAGGCAGCUAUGUUCCACUUUUUAAAAGCAAGAUAGUCCACUUGGAUCUAAAGGGAGCACCUCCCAAGCCAGCAUACUUUGAAGAAAUUUUUCCACUGCUAGCCAAACUUGGGGCCACUGGCAUUUUGAUGGAAUAUGAAGAUAUGUUUCCUUACGCUGGUCUUUCCCUGGAAAAUACUCCUGCUCACAAUGCAUACACCCCUGCAGCUGUCACCCAAAUCAAUCAGUUGGCGAAAGAAAAUCACCUGGAGAUCAUCCCACUCAUCCAAACAUUUGGGCACCUGGAGUUCCUUUUAAAACUUCCAGAACACUUGCAUCUACGAGAAGUACCAGAUCAGCCUCAGGCUAUUUGCCCUACUCAAAACGAGACUUUGCCUUUAUUGUUCCAAAUGUUGCAACAAGUUGCCAAAUUGCACCCAGAAUCGAAAAGGAUCCACAUUGGGGCCGAUGAGGUCUACUUCAUUGGCAGAUGUAACGCUUGCCAGGAGCGUAUGAACACCAAACUCUGGUCUACUUCAGAUCUCUUCAUAGAUCACGUCUCAGCAGUGGCGAAAUUUGUCAACGACAAGUUAGGAAUGCGGCCCAUGAUGUGGGACGAUGAAUUCCGCUCCUUCUCCGAAUCCCAACUGGUUCAAUCGGGCAUCGGCAAGUUGGUGGAUAUUGUCGUCUGGAACUACAAGCCAAGUCUCGAGCUGGACCGUGAAAUUUGGACCAAAUACUUGAACGUUUUCGACAACAUCUGGGCAGCUAGCGCAUUCAAAGGGGCCACUGGCUCGAAUCAACAAAUCACCAGCGUGCGAUAUCACGUCGAGAACCACCGGGCCUGGUUACGCCUCAUCGAUGAGUAUAAAGACACGGCUUUUAUCAGCAAAUUUAAAGGCAUCAUGCUGACGGGCUGGUCUAGGUACGAUCACUUUGCAGUCUUGUGUGAACUACUGCCGGCAGCAUUCCCCUCGCUCGCUGUGGAUCUACUCCUCCUACAGUACGGAGAAAAUCACCUGCAUUUCAUCGACCAAGAAGCUGUGAAAUAUCUUGGUUGUUCUGGCAGUUUUGUUUUCCAAUUGUCACAAGAAACCUACUACCCCAGUUGCAAUUUCCCUGGUUGGGAAGUGCUUAGCGUCAUCCAAAACUAUGGCCAGGUAAUGGAGCAGUACGCUAAAGUGCUCAACAAUUCCGUGGUACGUGGUUGGUUGACCGACUACAAUUUGGCCAAGCAAUUUUCCAGCCCAACUCACCUGUCUGGCAUCGGCACUGAGCUCAGCUACUUACAGACCAGUUUCGAUUCGCUGAGGCGAGAAUCGGAGUCGUCCUUCGACGCCGUGUACGACACCAACACGGCCAAGGAGUGGUUUGAAACGCACGUUAAACCAAUGGCAGAUCGGGUCAACGAGCUCCUUAUGGCAAUCGAGACGCUUCGGACCAAAAACGUUUGGCCUCGAAGACCUCUGUGAAAAUCGGCUCUACCCUCCCGAAUCAAUUACUCAACAGGCUAGUUGGUUGUUUUUAAUUUUUCCACAGUAUUUCCUCCUUUCUCUACUCGUUUAUCCUUUACAAUUUGUACUAUAUUAUUAUAACCUAUUGGAAGUAUUCUUAUUCAUCAACGUCCAAAUUUGAUACCGUGUUUUUUUGUAUUAAUUCCUUUUUCUUUUGAUGUUUUGACUAGCUUUUCGAUUACACGUGUCAAUCUACCCGUU